UCUCGCCCCGUCCCGGCCGCGGGCGCAGGAGCCGCGCGGCAGCGCUGCCAGCGGGAGCGAUGGACGCCGAGGCGGCGGGGGACGAGCAGUCUCGCCUGCGCGCGCUCUUCCUGGCCUGCGACGCCAACGGCUCGGGCCGCAUCGAGCGCGAGGACUUCGCGGCACUCUGCACCGAGCUGCGGGUGCGGCCGGCCGAGGCCGAGGCCAUCUUCCAGCGCCUCGACAGCGACCGUGACGGGGCCAUCACCUUCAGGGAGUUCGCCCGCGGCUUCCGCGGCGCCACCCGGCGGCGGUCCAGCGGCGGCCCUGGGGAACCGGAGCCGGAGGAGGAGGGCGAGGAGGCGGCGGCGACGUGGAGCACCGCGGGGCUGGAGCAGCCCUGGAGAGACUUCGAGGUGCGGCUGGGAGACGAGGCCAGGUACAUCCCCAGACAGGAGCAAGUCAGUGUUCUGUAUCAGAACAUACACAUAGUGGAACCAAGAUUAAUCCAGCCGUACGAGCAUGUCAUUAAGAACUUCAUCAGAGAGAUCAAACUUCAAAGCACAGAGAUGGAAACCUUGGCCAUUGCUGUAAAAAGAGCUCAGGAUAAAGCAGCAGUUCAGCUCAGUGAGCUGGAAGAAGAGAUGGAACAACGGAUACAGGCUGCUGAGCAAAAAGUUAAAAAGGAAGAAAAACGAAAAGCUGAAGAAGCACUAAAUGAGCUGAAGCGCCAGUAUGAUACUGAAGUUGGGGAUCUUCAGGUGACUAUAAAAAAACUUAAAAAGGUUGAGGAGCAAUCCAAAAACAUAAAUAGCAGGGAAGAUGUGAUUGAACUGAAAAAGAGAAUAAAUGAUAUGUUGCUGGAAAAUCAGAAACUUAAGAAAGACCUCUUAGAAGCACAAACAAAUAUCGCUUUUCUCCAGAGUGAGCUAGAUAGCUUGAAAAGUGAAUAUGCAGAUCAGACUUUAAACACAGAAAGAGACCUAGAAAUUAUUCGGGAGUAUACUGAAGACAGAGAUAAUCUGGAAAGACAAAUUGAAAUACUUCAAUCGGCUAAUAGAAAACUACAUGACAGCAAUGAUGGCUUAAGAACUGCACUUGAAAACAGUUUCAGCAAGUUCAACAGAUCAUUGCGGUUAGCAAAUACCUCACCAGGAAGUACUAUUUCUAGAAGCAGUCCCAAAUGUAGUGGUGGACAGUCUCCUUUGAACCCGCGUUAUGACAGGUCAUCUCCAUCUUGUGUGGAUGAAGAUUAUGAUUCUUUAGCCCUUUGUGACCCCAUGCAAAGAACAAACUGUGAAGUUGACAGCUUACCUGAGAGCUGUUUUGACAGUGGUUUGUCCACCCUGAGAGAUUCAAAUGAGUAUGAUUCAGAAGUGGAAUACAGGCAUCAAAGAAUUUUUCAAAAACCACAGUGUAUGCAAGAAAACUAUGGCGGUGAUGCUUCUGAUACAGAUGUUCCUGAGAUCAGGGAUGAAGAAGCAUACAGUCCUGAUAACAGCAGUACAAUAUUAGACUGGAAAUCCUCAAGACCAGUAAGUCGAAGCAGCUCAGUUGCUUCAACAAGGAAAUACAUAUCUGCUCUGACUCCUCAGUCAGAUGCAACAGAAUGUACUCCAAAAUACCCAAGUUCAGAGAAGGCUUACAAGAUUGUUCUUGCUGGGGAUGCAGCAGUGGGAAAAUCUAGUUUCCUUAUGAGACUUUGCAAGAAUGAAUUUAGAGGCAAUACCAGUGCAACCCUCGGUGUCGAUUUUCAAAUGAAAAGGUUAAUUGUUGAUGGAGAACCUACAGUGCUACAACUGUGGGACACAGCUGGGCAGGAGAGAUUCCGAAGUAUUGCUAAAUCGUACUUCAGAAGAGCAGAUGGUGUCUUACUCUUAUAUGAUGUAACAUGUGAAAAAAGCUUUCUUAAUGUGCGAGAAUGGAUUGAUAUGAUUGGGGAUGCAACUCAUGAGAAUAUUCCAAUUAUGAUGGUAGGAAACAAAGCAGAUCUUCGCCAAGCAGUUACAGAACAAGGGCAAAAAUGUGUACCUAUAAGCUAUGGAGAAAAGCUGGCUAUGACUUACAAUGCUCUAUUCUGUGAAACAAGUGCUAAAGAUGGUUCUAAUAUUGUAGAAGCAGUUCUUCAUCUUGCUCGUGAAGUGAGAAAACGGAGUGAUAAUCAAGAUGAUACGAGGUCAGUAACCAACCUGGCUGGGACACCUGUCAAAAAAUCAGCACUCAUGAAAAACUGCUGUAAUGUUUAAGUCACAGACACUUUUCCUGGCAUAAGCAAUUUGUAUAUUAAGAAAGGAAAAGAAAAGAAAAGAAAAGAAAAGAAAAGAAAAGAAAAGAAAAGAAAAGAAAAGAAAAG